AUGGGCUGCAAUUUGUGCACCUUGCAGAAACGGGAGGAACACUACAAACUGCUGUAUGAGAUUGCACAGGUGAACGGGCGCGACUUCUCCAAGGCGGAACAUGACGAGGCGGUGGUGGAGGCCAUCAGGCGAGACCCCAUUGUUGUCCAGGUGCUCCGGCGAACGCCCACCAGAGCCACGGCCGCCGUCGUGCACAACCACAGCGGCGCACCGCAAGACGUGUGUGUGGUCGACGUCUGCACGCAAACGGACAUCACCUUCGAGCACAUCAUGGCGCUGGCUAAGCUGCGGCCCGCUACCCCGCCGGUCCCUGACAUCUGUCCCUUCCUGCUGUCUGACAGCUGUCAUUCCAUCCACACCAUGGAACACGAGUUUUAUGAAUGUCCAGAAUAUCUGUCCAAUACCCCAGCAGAGGUGGAGAGGACCGAGGAGUACGAGUAUGAGGAGGUGGAGCUGUGUCGGCAGAACAGCCAGGAGAAGCUCGGCCUGACGCUGUGCUACAGAACUGACGAUGAGGAGGACACGGGCAUCUAUGUCAGUCAGGUGGAGCCGAACAGCAUAGCAGCGAGAGACGGACGCAUCAAGGAGGGAGAUCGGAUUCUACAGAUAAAUGGCUGUGAAGUGCAGGACAGAGAAAAAGCUGUUGCCUUGUUGUCAAGUGAGGAAGUAAGGAGCAUCAUACUACUGGUGACAAGGCCAGAAAUCCAGCUGGAGGAGGACGCCGCAUGGCUGGAUGAUGAGCAGCAGGAGCUCGUGGAGGAGCUGAAGAUGGAGAUCCUGGAGGAGAGGAGGAAGCAGAAGGAGCAUCGCUUUGGCAGGGGAGACGAGCAUCAAGCUGAAGAAGAGAUGACAACAGACACAGCUACCUGUUCCUCCAACAAUCAAGACAGCGGGUUUGGACGCAGUACAGACAGUCCGGAGCACCAGCCCCUAUUGGCCAGACUCCACCGGAGGAGUCCAGCGCAUUGCCUGAGGGAUCGAUGGCGGGCGGAGCAUCCACACACCAGGCGAGGGGUUGUUGGGGCACAAGAAAGUCAGGGUGCAAGAACAUUGUCCACGAGCCAAGGCCAUGAGGGGGUCGUGAGCAUUCGCAAUGGUGGUGGUGGGAUCCUUGGUUUAGAGAAUCGCUUCCAGCAACUCCUGGAGCUCAAAUGUCAAAUCCGGAACGGGGGCGAGUGUGGGGUGUACUCCAUUCGACACAGUAUAGAGUGUAGUCUAACUGAGCAAGGAGGAGGGGACGAAGAUAGCGUGGAUGAUGCAGGAGGGGAAGGAGGGGUGGAGCAGGAGUUGAGGAUGCUAAAUGAAGAAUUGCGUAGCAUUGAGUUAGAGUGUCAGAGCAUCAUGCAGGCCCAUCAGCUUCGCCAGUCCCACCAGCUGGAGCACUCGCAAUCCUCGCCGUGCUCACCAGGAAGGAGCCCCAAAGAUGGACACAAGCGGCACGGCAGACUGGCCGACAUCCACGAAUACCCGGAGAGGUCGGACAGCGAUAAGAUUCGCGAGAAGGACAGCUCCAGUGCCUACAACACAGCAGAGAGUGCACGGUCAACGCCGCUCGGUAUGGAGAGGUCACCUGACCACUCUCUACAGAGACACAUCAGCAUUGCCAACCAGAAAAACCUCAGACUGGCCUCUACCACACCCUCCAGUCCCAUCCCUAUUCCCAAGCCCCAGGGCACAGCCAAUCGUAGCAGACCGGCUGAUCCAGGGCCUGUUAUCUCGAGCAGCCCAGACCAGAGCAAUCCUUCCAGGUCUGAGUCGGAUCCUGCCUUGCCGGCAGACGAUGAGAGGUGUGAAAAGAAAGGGAGGACUAGAGAUUCAAGGAGAGGGCUUCCCUAUGGGUCUCCAUAUCAGACAACUCCUUAUCAUGGCCAGGGAGGAUCCAGGCAACUCCAGAGCUACAUGCAGUUGCUACAGCAGCACUCGUCCCUCGAGUAUUCUCAGAGCCAGCUGAGUCUCCUCAGUGUCUGCCGAGAUCCUGUGCACCGUAACGGACGCCCCGGGGAACCUCGUCUAGAGUGGAAGGUCAAAGUUCGUGCAGACGGGACCCGAUAUGUUGCCCGGAGGCCUGCUCGUGACCGCAUACUGAGGGAGCGGGCACUAAGAAUCAGAGAGGAGCGUAGCGGGGGCAUGACCACAGACGACGAUGCCAUGAGCGAGAUGAAGAUGGGCCGCUACUGGAGCAAAGAGGAGAGGAAGCAGCACUUGGCGAGGGCCAGGGAGCAACGAAAAAGGAGGGAGUUUAUGCAGAAGAGCCGCCUCGAGUGUCUGAAGGAGGGACCAACGAGUGGCGCUGAGGGCAGAAAGGAGAUUAAUAUCUUAGAGCUCAGUCACAAGAAGAUGAUGAAGAAACGAAACAAGAAGAUCCUGGACAACUGGAUGACCAUCCAGGAGCUGAUGAGCCAUGGAGCCAGAGUCCCAGAGGGCUCCAAAGUACAUAACGCCUUCCUCUCUGUCACAACUGUUUAG